CUAGUGAUGCAGAGACGAAAUGGCUCUAGAGUUUGUAGGGUCUUUUUUCACGUUGCAAAACUUUCUUUGCCCUCUCUUUGGACUCCCUAUUCCAUAUACCUCAACCGGCACAGCUGCUGGCAAGACGUUAAUGGGAGCUGCUGCAACUCCAAUUAUUGUAAAGGACAGCAGCUCUUUGCCCUUCCCAUUACAUUCGAGGUGUUUUGGUGUCCGUCUAAACUUUAAAUCUGACACUGUAAAAUUAGGUUUUUUUUUUUAAUUGGAGCCCGGAAUGCGUGCACCGCAUGGUGAUAUGCAUUAGUCUAUUUUCAUAUCUCUAUAACAUCACGAGUCCGGGCAUUUCUGGUCUUAAGGCGACCCCCUUCGUCCGGGAAGUGUGGCAGCUCUCGGGGCCGUUCCAGCCGCCAUCCUCUCUAUCAUCGCUCCGCCUCUUCGUCGGCCAUGAAUUCCGUUUUCGUUACCGUCGGCACCACCAGCUUCGACGACCUCAUUGUCGCCGUGACGACUCCCGAAGCGACCCAGGCUUUACAGGACCUCGGCUGUCGCAAGCUUGUCCUUCAGGUUGGCCGAGGCAAAGAGUGUCCAGAUUCAUUUAGCACAGCCACAUUUACUCUGGAAGUGUUCAGAUUCAAGAGCUCACUUUCUGAAGAUGUUAAAAAAGCAGAUCUGAUCAUAAGCCAUGCAGGAGCAGGCAGCUGUUUGGAAGUUUUGGAAGCUGGGAAACCUCUCUUGGUUGUGAUCAAUGACAAACUUAUGGACAACCAUCAGUUGGAAUUGGCCAGGCAGCUGCACAAAGAAGGACAUCUCUUUUACUGCACAAGCAGGACUCUUGUGGAGAUGCUUAAAUCAAUGGACUUGUCUACUCUGAAACCAUUUCUUCCUGGACAACCAGAAAAAUUUGCUGCAUUCUUGGACAGCGUGAUCAGCAUUUUAUUCAGCCAUUCCUUCUUCCUUACAUUUCUGGGACUCUCGCAGGUAAUUAUGGCUAGGGUAAAUCUCUUGCCUCAACUUUCCCUAAGUUCAAACCGACUGCAAGCUGCUGGAUUUUGUUCAAAGAAACUUUUUUCACGGAAUAGCCAGUUUCUCAUCCUUUGGGCUAAGAUCAAGCAUGAGUCACUCACCAAUUACUGGAACCUGGGUCCAAGUUGCCGUGGGACACCAUGUAGAGAAAGCAACUUUGAAGCUCACAUGGAGUAUUACCACAUGGAGCAGAUAGGUUUACCCAGUGUGUUGUCAAACAGCUGUCCGGAUUAUGAUAAAUCACACCUCGCCUGCCUGCCUGCCUGCCUGCCUGCCCGCUUCUCCCCUACCUUGGCCAUGCAGAAGGGCUGGAAGAAGUACUUUGGCCAGAAGUCCCUCAGCGAGGUGACCAUGGAUGAGUACCUGGGUAGUCAGGGGCUCUACCGCAAGCUCACGGCCAAAGACGCCACUUGCCUCUUCCGGGCCAUUUCCGAGCAGGUUUAUGCUUGUCAGAUUCAUCACAUGGCAGUCAGAAAUGCUUGCGUUUCCUUCAUGAGGAAAAAUCAGAUAAAUUUUGAGUCUUAUGUGGAAGGCUCCUUUGAAAAAUACUUGCAACGACUUGGAAAUCCCAAGGAAAGUGCUGGACAACUUGAGAUCAGUGCCUUCUCAUUGAUCUAUAACCGAGACUUCAUUCUUUAUCGGCACCCUGGAAAACCUGCUUCUUACGCUACUGACAACGGCUUUGAGGAUAAGAUUCUACUGUGCUGUUCUAGUAAUGGUCAUUAUGAUUCUGUGUACACCAAACAAUUUCAAGCCAACGCUGCAAUCUGCCAGGCUGUCCUUUAUGAAAUUCUAUACAAGAAUGUCUUCAAAGUGGAUGAAGAAGAAUUGAAAAGUGCCCUUGAGAUGUUUCGAAAUGGGGCUAAGAAAAACAGAAACAGUGCAUCUGUUGGCAGUGAAGAUGCAAAUUUUGAUUGCCUUCCUGACAGGGCAUCCAGAAAUGCUCCGGAAAAGAGAUUGGAAGACUGGGUCAGCUUUGAUUCGGCUCACCCAGCGGAGGAAAAAUGCAAGCAAGUCACAGAGGAAGAAAAGAAUGUAAGUUCACAUAUACACAUUGAAAAACUUCAAAAAACAGAUUACUUGGUGUUUGCUGGAAGACAGUACUAUUUAGGAGACAAAUGUCAGGUACGGCUAGAAACGGGGGGGAAAUAUUACAAUGCCCAUAUACAGGAUGUGGGACAGGAUAAUAUGGUGACCGUCUUCAUUGAAGAGCUGGCAGAGAAGCAUGUUGUUCCGUUGGUAAAUUUGAAGCCUGUGACUCAAGUCACUCCACUUCCUACCUGGAACGUGAUGUCCAACAGAAAAGGAGGAAGUUAUCAGAAGAUACCAGGUGGGUACACCCCAAAAAUAAUCCUUUCUUACAUGGAUAUGAAAGCACGGAAGAAACUGUUCAAGAAAGUGCAUGGAAAGGAACUCUACAUGACUGUAGCUUACAGCAGAGGCCACCCUAUCCUGCCACCUCGCCUGCAGCAGAGCAUCACAUCAGAUCGCUCAUCUUUGGCCCACUGCUCCCCAAAUGGACAUAUAAAUCCAUACGAUCAUUACCAUUUUCAGAAUUCACAGAGAACCGGCCGGGGAUACGGAAUGUCGAGGGGAUCUGCCCGAUUUAUAAACAGGAACAACAUCACUGGGCCAGAAAUAGCAUUUUAUCCUAGUCCAGGAAAGAGAUGUUAUCAGAGCUAUGAUAACUUCUCAUAUAGAUCACGUUCAUACAGCCGUAGUCGCAGACAGAUGCAAUGUGUAAAUAAAGAGUCCCAGUAUGGAUUUUCACCCGAGAAUGGGGCGGAACCUCAAGGUGUAGAAGAAACCAUGACUUUCUAUGAGAUCGAAGAAGGGGAUGAUGCCAAUUUUCCAGCUUUACCUAAUCGGGGUAACUCAGCUCCGAUAGUUCCUGCUCCUGCAGGAUUCUGGGUGACAAAAAGGACUUCAAACUCCAUCCCCCCAAACAAGCCAGGGCUGAAUAAUUCUGAAGAAGAAGUAGAGGAACCAACUGAUACUGUGCACUUACCCUCUGCUUUUCAAGGAGAAUACCAUGAAGAUUAUCUGUAUACUCCUCCAGAUCCAGAGUGCAAAACAACCACAGUAUUUAAUGCAGCUGAAUCUACUGCAAAUUUGUCUUUGCAGGAUGCAGGAGCAAAUUGUGUCUCUUCUCAGGAAGCAGCUACCUCCUACAGUUACUCUCAGAAGCUCAUGGUAAAUUCUGCCAUUAUAUCCAGCUCUUCCUGUGUGAAUACAGCUCCAGCCACCAUUUUUUCUUCCAGCUGCAGUGCUUCAACUCAAGUCACUAUCACUGCAUCUGCUCCCCAGAAUGCUGUUCCACCGAUCUUAGUAACCUCUUCUGUAGGAAGGCCAGUUGUGUCAGUGUAUCAGUCACCUCCCCUUCCUCCUGCCAGUGAUGUGGGGGGAAAUGGCAGUGUUACACCCCCUUAUUCUUGUGAUCCGAGUGGAAGUGACCUGCCUAGAGAUCCAAAGGUUUUGCAGUAUUAUUUUAAUUUGGGCUUGCAGUAUUACCACCAGACCUGCUGGAACCCCGUGAUGUAUGUACAGCAAUCACCGUCACCACCACCUCAUGUGGAAACCUACCAGACCUAUUCAGAGCAAGUCUCUGUGGUUGAUUCAUCAGCACCUCUGCCUUACAAUGAAGUAGGGAGGAACGAUCUGAGCCAGAUGCCUGCAGACGCCUCAUCAACCGGUGCCUUAGCCAUCCCAGAAUCCUCUUCACCUUCUGGAACUGUCUAUUACCCUGUGGUAACAGACACGUACACCCCGUCUCCUGUGCCUGGAUACGAAUCUUGUGUCUCAUUUGUGCCUGCAUACCACUGCAUCAGUUCUUGGUAUCCAGUCAAUGCAUCCUAUGGGAACUCAGCUCGAAUCCAUAACAAUAUCAAUCCCAGCCAUUUCCACCAGGUUAACUACGUCACCUCAUCCAAUCCGCAACCACAUUUUGUAGCUCAAAGCAUGUAG